AUGACGAUGAACAGAUAUGAACGAAAGCAAACCGUUUUGAUGUUCCCAUGGUUAGGCCAUGGUCAUAUUUCUCCUUUCCUAGAACUAGCCAAAAAACUAAGCAACACCAACCUCUUUAACAUCCACCUAUGUUCGACUCCUGCAAAUCUCAAAUCAAUCAAGACUUCACCAGCUGCAAUUCAGUUCAUAGAGCUUAACCUUCCGUCUCUACCGGAGCUACCACCAGAUCUUCACACCACCAAUGGCCUCCCAUCUCAUCUUAUGCCUCUUCUCAAGAAAGCUUUUGACGUGGCAACUGAUGAGUUUUCAGGUAUCUUGAAAACCCUAAAACCUGAUUUGUUGAUUUACGAUAUCAUUCAACCAUGGGCUCCGGUGGCUGCCUCCGCCCUUUCAAUCCCUUCCGUGGUGUUCAUCACCACGAGUGUUGCUGCCACCAUGGUUCAUUUUCAUUUGAGCAACCACCCUGGUAUUGCGCUUCCCUUCUCGAACAUCUACUAUCGUAGCUACGAGUAUGGAAAGGUUGUUAAAGGCUUAGAGGAUAUGCGUAAAGAUGAAGACUUUGUAAUGGAGUGUGUAAAUCGAUCUUCCGAUAUGGUUCUUGUAAAAUCUUUCAAGGAGAUUGAAGGUAAGUACAGUGAUUACCUUUCUGUUCUUACUGAUAAAAGGAUUGUGCCAGUAGGUCCACUUGUUGCAGAACCUGUAGAAGAAGAAGAAGACGAGAAACAAAACAGUGUGAUGCAGUGGCUUGAAACAAAAGCUGCUGGAUCUACUGUUUUUGUUUCUUUCGGGAGCGAAUAUUUUCUUUCUGAUGAUGAUUUGGAAGAAAUUGCAUAUGGGUUAGAAAUAAGCGAUGUGAAUUUCAUCUGGGUUUUAAGGUUUCCAAAAGUUGAAAGAAAACUUAGCCUUUCAGAAGCUUUGCCAUUAGGGUUUCUUGAAAGGGUGAAGGAUAAGAGUUUAGUGAUUGAAGGGUGGGCGCCACAAGGAAAAAUAUUAGGGCACAAAAACAUUGGUGGAUUUGUGAGUCACUGUGGAUGGAGUUCAGCGAUAGAAGCUAUGAAGUUUGGUGUUCCAGUAAUAGCCAUGCCAAUGCAUCUUGAUCAGCCGAUCAACGCUCGUUUGGUGGAGGAGGUUGGGAUUGGAAUGGAGGUGGUGAGGGAUGAAAAUGGGCGGCUCAGUCGGGAGAAGAUGGCGGCGGUUGUUCGGAACGUGGUCGUUAGUAAGUUAGGGGAGGUGGUGAGGGAAAAAGCUAAGCAAAUGAGUUCUGUUUUGAGUAUGAAAGGCGAGGAGGAGAUCGAGUCGGCGGCGAUGGAGCUACUGCAGUUGUGCAGCCGUGGUGGUGGUGGUGGUGCUGGACCCAGUGAAACUAACGAAGCCAUUGAAAUUGGUGAAGUUUAAAAUGAUCGAGUCGGCGGCGAUGGAGCUACUGCAGUUGUGCAGCCGUGGUGGUGGUGGUGGUGCUGGACCCAGUGAAACUAACGAAGCCAUUGAAAUUGGUGAAGUUUAAAAUGAUGGAUAUCUCCUCUCUUGGUUUAGUUUUUAAAAGUUAUUACUUAGAUAUAUAAACAUAACUUUAGUUUAGGGGUUUAUUAUGAAAAUAUUGUUAACAUGAUUUUCAUAAAGAUCCUAACAUAUACUAUAUUUUAAUUUUUAUUUCUUUUUCUUUUGGUUAGAGAUCUUGAGGAAAAGGCUAUCCUUUUUUUUGUGUUUAGCCUCAUAAUCAUAUUUCAGUGAUAUUUAUUAUAUGUAAUUACUUUUGUUUCAAUAUAGCUGUCUAAUUUAAUA